AUGCCACUACAACCUACCAUCCAAGACAUUCUACAGAACGAAUUCUCCCCACCCCUUGACACCUCGCUCAUCGCCGCGAUAGUUGCGGAUUACGUUUCUGGCGAGGAAGUUAAUAGGGAGGAUGAGCUUCGCCAGUUGCGCGAGGUUCUGAGCAACUUGGCCUCUUCAGCGGAGAAGGAGCUAGUGGACUCGGACGAGACGCCUUCUAGUUUUCCUCACCUGAACGUCUCCCCCACUUCUUAUGCGGACGAUACGUCGAGCUCGUUCGACUAUUCCACCACCGACAACUCUGGCUAUACCUCCACAAGCUCUGGCUCCGAUGGCACCGGUCAGCCCUUCAGCCACCCUCUUGGAUUCCUUCGCGCACUGUUCCCACAAAUCUCUGCGGACAGGCUCAAGACCAUCCUAGCGAGUCAUGACGGACGGAUAGACGACCUAGAUAUGGAAGCAUUGGUGGAGGAGGUCCUAACCACCGAGUAUAUGCGAGAACUGGAGGAGCGUGGUCUUGAUGAGUCCGAGUCAAAGGAGUUUGGAUACGAGGCGCCUUGGGAGUUGGUGGAGAGGAAGAAGAAGGGAGUGCCAAAGCAGAAGAAGCAUUUCAAGAAGCGUACAACCUUCACGCUCGUGGACAUCCGGCAGCAGCAGCACGCCCGCCCGACCGCUUCGGGUCCCCGCACGCCAGCCCCGGAUCCAUGGACGCAGCUCGCUUCCGUCGCUUCCCAUCUGGCCACGCUCAUCCCGUCCCAGUCGGUCUCGUACUUCCAGUCGGUCUUCCACUCCCCAAACUACUCCUCUCCUUCGCAGGCGCUCCGCGCUGCGUUGGUCCAGGUCGCCCGGCAGGUCUCCAAGAAUUUCAAUGACGAGCUCACGGAAGAGGAGAGCCCCCUCCUCUUCAGCAUGUUCGAGAUCCUCACCACAUCCCAGAACUAUGCCGACCUCAACGUGGAGGCGCGCGAUCAGCUCCUGGAGGACGCGCUCUUCGCGCUGCGCGCAACCGGCGGGGACCCAAACGUCGCCCUGGACAUCGUCCAGAUCCUGGUGGAGCUCGACGCGGACCUCUCCACCAAAGAGUUCGCGUGGGGUGUCUACCACCAGCAGGCACCCCAGCUCAAGGCCACGGCAAAGCUGCCGUCCGGCCCGCCCAACAUACCACCCCCACCCAACAUAAAGCGGGGUUCCCAAACGCUACCCUCGUCCCCCGUCUCGGACAGGCCUCGCGAAUCUCCCAACGUGUGGAAGACGAUCCCCGUCAAGCCUAGUCCCGACGGCCCGCACCCUUUCGACGGCGUCAUUCGCGCAUACUCGAAUCACACCCCAACGAAGCCCGCGCGCAAGGUGCGGGGCGGCGGGAACGGGAACGGGAAGGGCGGGAAAGGCGACGUCGGGGAGCUCCAGACGUCGACCAACAGCAGCAAGGUGGUGGAGGCGAGGCGGCAGUGGGAGCUGCAGGAACAGCGGAGGGCGGCGCUGCGGGAGGCGGGGAAGGCGUGGCAGAAGGGGAACUCGAAGAACCGCGGGGGCGAGAUUGCGUUCUACUUCGCGGAAAGGGCGCGAGAGCUACAGGAACAGGUACAGAAGGAGCAGCUGCAGCGGGCCCGUGAGAUGGUCAUGGGUAGUCGGUCUGUUAAAAUCCAUAGCGACCUCAUUGACUUGCACGGUCUUAUUGUGGUCGAGGCCGUCGCGAUCUCCCGCGAGUACCUCUCCGAGUACUUCAAUGACAAGCCAGUCAAGAUCAUCACUGGCCGCGGCAAUCACUCGUCGAACGGCGUGGGCGUCCUGGGCCCUGCCGUGAAGAACGCCCUAGUUUCCGACGGAUGGAUCGUGGACACGAUCGACGGCGGCCUUGUCGUUCGCGGCCAUAGCCGUUGAUGUUGUGGGGAAAGCCUGCCUCAUGUCGUAGUGCGUGACCCCGCAGCAGCCCCCCUCCGUCUCCCUUUACCUAAACGUACAGACUUCUUAUUUCCUUGAUGGAACCACGGCAGGCUCAAUAGGUUUGUGAUACCCCUACCUCUGUAGCGAUACAUUAUUGUAUUGGUGUAUCGAUUAGCUCCCUGCUUGUCAUUCUAGGUCUGCGUAAUGCUCUACAUAUAUUAUUCUGCGCCAGGAUC